AGUGGAGUGCGCUGUUUUCUAUCGUCAGCCAUUCAGCGACAUACUAUAUUUAAGCGUUUAUGUACCAUAUUUUUUCGAAAGCCUCAACGUGCAUUUUUAUUUUGUACGUGAUAGCGGAUUUGCUUGUGUUGUUACAGCUUGUUUUAAGUAGCUGUUGGUUGGUCAAUUAAAUGACAAUGUAGCUGUCGUUUUUUUUAUGUGAAACGCAGGUCGACGUUAGCUGUUAGCUUCGCCGCUGCAUAACCAGCUGCAUGCUCGUGCACCGGCCGUGUGCGGCUUUGUUUUGAACUAUGUUUCCCUCCUGGGGGAAUUAUGGUGCACCGCCGGCGCAAAACUAUGGAAGUUCAGGGCCUCGUAAGCCCUCAAUGGGCAGCCACGCCAACCCGGCGUCUGGGUAUGGUGGUUUUGAGGCCUCGUCUGGCGGCUCACUGUUCUCCAGUCUUCAGGAGCAGCACCUCCAGCAGAUGCAGCAGCUGCAGAUGCUGCACCAGAAACAGCUCCAGUCUGUCUUACAUCAUGGGAACACCGCGCCUACCUACGGAGGUGGACACUCGGCUGGGUACAUGGGGCCAUCGUGGAAUUCAGGAGGAGCAGGACAUGCAGACAGCGGUGAUGGUGCUCAGUCACACUACAAACCAGAGGAGACUACUGCUCAAACGGGGAGAGUCCCACCAGCCCCAAAACGGCCUCCAUCGCACCCCAUCGAGCCUCAAGCGGUCCCUCCCCUUCCAGAGUCUCAGGUACCAAAGCCGACAGACAAUAUUGGUGUCCCCAGUGCCAGAGAGACCAUCAAGGACUCGUCGACAGAAAACAAUUCAUUGCAUUUACAGGAGCAGCAGCAGCUUUGGUACAAACAACAUCUUCAGAACCUACAGAAAUUAAGGCAGGAGCGGGCCAAACAGAAUCAGAAAGAGAGUGAUACCUGUGUGCCAGUACAUUCCCUAACAAGUCAAACAGUUCCUCCUCCACCACCCUUAGAACCACCAAAAAGCACCCCACCUCCACCGCCUCCGAAAGAAGAACCACCUCCAUUGCCUCAAACUGGGGAACAGAAGACCGAAGUCACUAAAGACCCAGAGGAAGCUGCCCGUCUCCAGCAAUUACAAGCAGCAGCAGCACAGUGGCAGCAUGUACAACAACAGAGAGCAGGUUUACAAUACCAGGCUCUCAUGCAACAACAUGAAAAGCUUCAGCAGAUUCUGGAACAAUACCAAAAGCUGAUACAUCAACCUCCAAACCUACAGUCAAUGUCUGCUGAAAUGCAGCUCAGGCACUAUGAAUUGCAACAGAAGCAAUUCACCCCUUUAUUCCAAAACUGGGAUCGCUCCUUUUCUUUGUGGUAUGAACAGUUCCAGACCUACCCCCAUAAAGAUCAACUGCAAGAUUAUGAACACCAAUGGAAACAGUGGCAAGAGCAGAUGAAUGCCACUAAUGCUCACCUUCAAGAGAGGGUGGCCACUCUUACUGCCAUGGUGCCCUUUGCCUCAAACCAGUUUAAUAAUGCUGUUGUAGGACAGUUUGGACCGUACCCUGGGCAAAACAUGCAAAUUCAACAGCAUACAGUAAACCCAAAUGUCCCGCCACCUCCACUUGCUGGUGGUCCUAAUCCUCCAACUCAGCAGACCACCAUUUUUGGAACACAUUCAGAAUCACCUGCUGGAACCCCUGUACAAGGAAGUGCCCCCUCUGGUGUAGCAGCCAGGCCCCUGGCUCCUCAGACUGGGCCACCGCCAGGCUUCAACAGUGUUAGAGGGCCACGGGUCAGCAGAUUUGACCAGCCACCACCAGGUUUUGAUGGUGCCCCAAGAUUUGACCAGCCACGCCCGCGCUUUGAUGGUCCGCCUAGAUUUGACCAACCAAGGUCACGCUUUGAUGCCCCCCCGAGAUUUGAUCAGCCACGCCAGCGCUUUGAUGCACCCCCAAGAUUUGACCAACCUCGAAUAGGUCAGCAGCCUAGGUUUGAGUCUUCUAGGCCCCCUGGUCCUUCACCUGGUAUUGAGUCUCAACCAGUACCUCAGCAAAUACGGCAGCAAAGUCCUCAACCUAAGCCAGAGCCAGUCACACAGCAACCUGCUGGUAUGGAUUCCAAGACUCCAGAAAAAAUAUCUAAACAGCUUCACCCUGUUAAAGAAAGAAAUGACCCUAAACACGGAAAGACCAAAAAUUACGAUAUGACAGAUGAUAGUUUGCUUGGAAGUGAGGGCUUCUUUGUUCCAAAUGAUCCAAUUCCUCAGACAUUACCAAGUAAUUCUGAUCCCAAAGAGACUGGCAAGAAUGCUUCUGAAGAUGUUGAGAAACCUUUACCAGUUAAAAGUAAUCCUCCUGUAACUACUGCUUCUGAUGUUACAAAAAGUCAGACGCCAACCUCCCACAAACCAGAUGGACUGUUGACAAACAGCAAACAACCACAAAUUCAGAAGCUUCCUGGAAUCCAACCACAAGUUUCUGGUCAAAUACAGUCAAGGCCAGAAGCUCCAAAGCCUCCACUUGGUAGGGGACGAGGCCACCCCCCAUUACGUGGUCGUGGACGUGGACAAAUGGGUCCCGGGGAGUUUGGGGGACCAAAAACUGUACCAACUGGGGAUAAGAUGGAAGAAACUCCAUAUGAUUAUGUGCCACCUGAAAGGAAGAGGAGGAUUUCAGAACAGCAAGAGGACUAUCACUGGCAAGAUCCUUCAUAUGAAGAGUUCGGUGGUGAUGAAUCAGAAGAUCCUCCUGAAGAAACAUGGAUGCCAGAAGAACAUUACUUUCAAAAUGAGGAGUAUUUUGAAGAGCCCGUAGGACCCCACAUGGGUAGAGGUGGCCCCUCAAUGAUGAGAGGAGGGCCCCCAAUAGGAAGAGCUGGUCUGCCUAUGGGCAGAGGGCGGCCCCCAAUGGGAAGAGGUCUACCUAUGGGCAGAGGAGGGCCACCCAUGGGUAGAGGGGGUCCACCAAUGGGGCGAGGAGGACCACCAAUGGGUCGAGGAGGACCACCCAUGGGGAGAGGAGGCCCAGUAAUGGGUCGAGGAGAGUCAUUGGACAGGCACUGGGAAGGUGCUGAGUGUGCUGAAGAAGGGGACCCUUAUUGGGGAGAAUGGAGACCUCCAAUGAGAGGAAUGAGACCUCCAUUCCCACCCGGCCGGGGCCGCCCCCCACGUGGGCACCCUAGUUUCAUGCCGCCAGGUCGAGGCCGACCACCUCACCUAGCACAUGGACCAAUGGAUCAUGAGACAGUAGGGCAUGAAAUGGACCCUGAUGACGGCAAUAUGGAUCCAUCAAUGCACCCAAUGUACCGUGCACAUGACCCCUAUGGACACCCAAUGCAUCCAGAUGCAGGAAGAGGCAGGCGUCGUGUGCCACCGCCACCACCUCAGGAAAUGAUAGAUCCUAUUGAAGAAUCUUCAUAUGAUGAAGAAAGAGAGCAAGAAUUAGAUUGGCAUCCACCCCCUUGCAGAGGUCCUCCACCUCCUCCACAUGAGAUAAUGGAUAGGGGAGGAAUGAGGAGACGACCUAUGGGUCGUGGAAUGGGCAGAGGCAUGUGGCGGCCAGGUCCAACACAUGAGGAAUAUGAACAGGGCUUUAAUGAGGGAUAUGCUGUGGAUUAUGAUCAUGGAGAAGAUGGUUAUCGCUGGCGGUCAGCACAGGGCUGUCCUCCUGACGACUACAACCAAGAUUCUAAGGGCUAUGAGUCAGAGUGGAACAGAGAGCGCGCUCCCCUUGAGAGGGACUAUCCUCCCCGCAUGCCACCACCAGAGCACUUCAGAGAUGGACGUUGGCAAGAGGAAAGUGAGAGAGGUCACCCCUAUUCAUAUGAUGGACACGGCAGGGGAAGAGGAGAACUUAGAAUUCGUGAAUACAGAGAUGAACCACCAUACAGACAGGAGGAGCCAUCACAUCUACCCCCAUCAGACUGGGAUAGGCCCUCUAGGCUCCCUCCACUAUCAGAGAGAGGAUAUCCUGACUAUCCAGACCGUAGACCCCAUUAUGAGGAGCAUAGAGAGGAGCCUUCUAUGGCUAUACCUCCACCUCGACCCUCUGCCUCACAUGCCACAGACAUCCCAGACAGCUCGGCUGAACCAGCAGCCCAAGGAACAACUGGAGCAAAUGUACUUGCGCUCUCCCAACGUCAGCAUGAGAUUAUUUUAAAAGCUGCUCAAGAGCUUAAACAAAUAAGGGAACUACAGGUGGCUAAGACUCCGAGUACCGAUCCACAGCAUGCACCCAACGAGGCUCUGGCAGAGCUACCCGCAGGACUUCUUGGUUUGGAGAUCCCACCAGAUGUCAGGAAUGUUCUGAAGGGUAUGACAGCAGCACAGAUGGGUGUCACUGAGCCAGCGUCUUGGGAAACUAAAUCUCUGGGUGUAGAUUAUCAGCCCUCACUCCACACUGCACCCUUACCUCCAGUGAUUCCUAAAACUGUAGAUUAUGGACACGGGCAUGAGCCUGGAGCCACUGUUGAACGCAUUUCUUAUGGGGAAAGAAUAGUGCUGAGACCUGAUCCAGUGCCAUCAGACAGAGGCUAUGAGAAAGAACCACUUGGUCUCAGAGACCCUUACACUAGAGACCCAUACUAUGACAGACGACCGGAGCCAUAUAUGGAACGUCGUGACUACAGCAGAGAGCGGGAAUUGUACAGAGAAAAACCUCCUGAAUACGAAAGAGAAAGAUUUGAGAGGGAUCGCUAUCUUGCACGGGAGAGAGAUGACAGGUCUCCUCUGGCUCCAGCUCUGCGCUCGAGUUACAGAGACAGGGAUGUUCGGGACAGGGAACGAAGUGGCAGUCGUGAUCCAGAUGACCACUAUGGGAGGCCUGGCUACGACAGACCUCCAUAUGAGCGUGCUGGAAUUGACCGCAUUGGACAUGAGCGCUACAGCUCACCCUACAUGGACAGAAGAGGUUAUCCAGAUGAGAGAGUGCCUCCCGCCGCAGCAACGCUCCCACCUCCACCACCCCCACCGCCUCCAAGAGUUGAGAAGAAGCCAGAAAUCAAGAACAUUGACGAUAUCCUUAAACCACCUGGCAGAUUAUCCCGGCCUGAGAGGAUUGUCAUCAUAAUGAGAGGCCUCCCAGGAAGUGGAAAAAGUCAUGUUGCUAAACUCAUACGGGACAAAGAGGUGGAAUGUGGUGGUGCACCUCCCAGAGUUCUUGUUUUGGAUGAUUAUUUCAUGACAGAGGUUGAAAAAGUUGAGAAAGAUCCAGACACUGGGAGAAGAGUUAAAACCAAGGUCCUGGAGUAUGAGUAUGAGCCAGAGAUGGAGGAUACCUACAGGAGCAGCAUGCUUAAAACCUUCAAGAAAACUUUAGAUGACGGCUUCUUCCCCUUCAUCAUUUUAGACACCAUUAACGACAGAGUUAAACAUUUUGAUCAAUUCUGGAGUGCAGCCAAAACUAAAGGUUUUGAGGUGUAUGUGGCUGAAAUCACGGCAGACACUCAGAGUUGUGCUAAGAGGAACGUCCAUGGGCGCACACUUAAGGAUAUAUUGAAGAUGUCCAACCAAUGGGAGUCCUCGCCACGUCAUAUGGUGCGCCUGGAUGUCCGGUCUCUGCUUCAGGAUGCUGCUAUAGAGGAGGUUGAAAUGGAAGACUUCAAUCCUGAUGACGAGACCAAGGAACCGAAGAGAGAAGAAGAAGAGGAGGGUGAUCUGGGUUAUAUUCCAAAAAGCAAAUGGGAGAUGGACACAUCUGAGGCCAAACUUGACAAGUUAGACGGUCUGGGAAGCAGCGGGAAGAGGAAACGUGACGGCGAGCGCAUGUCAGGCCUGGAGGACUACCUUCAGCUGCCAGACGACUAUGCCACUCGCAUGUCUGAACCCGGGAAGAAAAGAGUUCGAUGGGCUGAUCUGGAAGAGCAAAAGGACGCAGACAGAAAGCGUGCUAUCGGUUUUGUGGUGGGUCAAACGGACUGGGAAAGGAUAACAGAUGAGAGCGGCCAGCUGGCACAAAGAGCUCUUAACCGCACCAAGGUUUCAGAAUGUGAACAUGCUGCAGCUUACAGCCGCAGAGGGGAUCCUGCGAAUAGCUGUCAAUACAAGAUACAGUUGGCUGUGCUCCUGCAAGUCAAGGUCCGGCCGGUCAGCGCUGACCCCCAGGACAGGGCUGCCCCCCAGGACCGCGCUGCGGGCGAACUUCUCCAUCUGGAUGUAGUAAAACUCUCUGAAGUUGCUGAACCACUUGAUGAGCUGGGAGGUGAUGCAGCGCGUGAACUGAGGACGACACACACACGGCAGGUGAUUUGUGCUCAGACCCUCCUACGGGAGCUUACGGCCGUCGGGCUCGCUCUUCACCUGAGGGGGGCACAGGCCCCCCGGCAGCCCCCCCGGCACGGUGCGGCUCUGCGGGCUCCUCACGGGCCUGGACGUCACCUUGGAUUUGACUUGGAGAGAAUUCCAGCGUGCGCCAGAGCUGCUCUGCCCCGCCUGGCCGCGUCCCUCCUGCGGACAUCCCCCCGCAGGCUGCUGGUCAGGGCCGCCGGGUUUCCUCUCCUGAGCCCGAUCCUCGUGGCCGAAGAGGAGGGGGGGCGUCCACCUGGACUGGGGGACAGUCUCGUUGGACCUGUCCGGUCGAGGCUUUUGGACAACCAGCGACAGAGCCUCUGUCUGGACAUCGGGAACGCGCAGCCUCUCCGUCCCACAGCCGGACGAGUCAGGCGCGUUGUCCACGCCAGCCGCUGA